CUUACUUGGAUUGAGACCCUUGGGCAGUGCAUGAGUGUCCCUUUACACAGACAAAUGUCUCACAGCAACUGCAUGGAUGAAAGCAACACUGGUUGACCGUAUCUCUGCGUAUUUCUCCGUCACACAUUCGCGUCCCCUGCUCUAUCCAGAUGACGGCCAUGUGUACGACCGUCCUCUGCAUACAGCAGCGGAGACGAACGCGUGACACGGGGAAACGCACACAAUCACCAACACACACCCACUCUCCAUUUGCACAAUGACUUCUCACUGGGGGUGAGCAAGUAAGUGCACACCAUUGUAUGUACAUGGAAAGGACGAUAACGAUAAACAGGACGUAUGUGUGUACGUAUGUGUGUCUGGAUCGGUGUCGUCAGUGGCCCUCCCCCCGACCACCGCCAAAUGCCCGCUCCAGCCAUUGGUGGGCAUUCGACGAUGACAAGGAGGAUGCACACUGCCGGCACCCUCCCACGCAACUCACUCAUACACACACGCCAUUCUCUGCAGCUCACAACCACCCCCCCGCCCCUCCUUGCCCCUCCGUCUGCCUACACACCUCUCCCGCCACCUCCGCUGCUGCCGCCGGUCGCGACGCCCCUCGCGCGGCCUCUCCCCCUCCCUCCUCCUCUCCCCCGCCCACGAGAUGGGCGGCCUUCAUCUCUCGUCUGAUACCCUUCCUGUGUGCCUUCUCCUCCGUGUGUGAUGGCCCUGGGCCUCACAGGCAUAGGCAGGGGCAGCGACGGCCGCACUGAGGGCUGGGGGGGCCGCAGGGCGCCCGGCUGGGGGUGGGUGGGGGUGCCGUGGUAGACUGCCUCAUACUGCACCAGUCAGGGAAAGCACCAUACAAUGGAGAGAGGGGGGAGGGGUGUGAGGUGUGAGUUGUGGUUGGUGAAGGGCUUACGAAUUCUGGCAUCUCCGCGAAGGGCACGAAGUCCUCAUUGACAGGCCGCCCGGCAGCGCGGCGCUCGGCCUCUGACUCAAACACGGUCUCGUGGUCUGACAUGGCACACACCCACAAUCAUCAGACACUCAUCGCCACACCACAGACGUGCUCACGCACCUUCCCAGUGUUUGUCGCACGCAAUGCAGAGGAACGCCGAAGUGAAUGUCGAGCACGGGCACUUUCGGCAUCUGUAUGGGCGGUUGGGCAUGUGCUCCUCGUGGGUGUGCUUGCACUUGCACUUGGCCCGCCACGUCCGCACAUCGAAACCUACACAAGCGUCGGUGUGCCGUGGGAGAGGAAGUGUGGCGCAUUGUUUUGGUGUUGGUUCGGUUCGUGUGGUGCGCACACGCACCUGGUCGUCUGGGCAGCCACCACUCGCCCACCUCCUCCGGCCGGGUGGGGACGAAGGCGUAUGCCUUGCACUCACACAUGGUGCAGUGCGGCCACAGCGCACGGGAGUUCUUGAACUCGUGACUGCUGAGCGGGUGACCGCCUGGACACACACACACACACACACAUGGAUGGACGCAUCUAUCUAUGCGUCAUCAGGCCUGCAGGAUUACGGCUCGCUUACAGAAGCAUUUCGAGUGUGGCGCGAUGCGAAAGCAGUCGUUGCCCGUGCACGACCGCCACACGGCAUACUGCCCCGUCUCUAUCGCCGUGUUUGCAGCCGUCCUCUCGUUCUCCAGCAUCACCUGCACAACCGACAACACACCGACACACAGAGAGAGUACUCCAAAGUCCAAACCGGCACGUAUUAUUCAUCACCCUCUCACCUUCGCCCCGGGUGCCGGCCCAUAUUGCCGCACCCCAGCAAGCAGAAACUCCAUGUAAUCGGCCUCCUCCUGAGUUCUCACUGGCCGCAUGGCGCCGCCUCUCCCUGAUGGCCGUCGGGCGGGCGGGCCGCCGCCGCGAUAGCGCUGCACAGCGCUGCUUGAAGGUGCUGACUCUGCUGAGCCGGACGGGUCGGCGCUUGACGAAGAUGAUGGAAACGACAUCGGAAGCUCAGUCGGCCCUUACUGAGGGGGCCCGGGAACAAAGGGGGAG